AUGGAAGGACAGAAGCACGGCCUCAACAUGCCGGAGAAUGGUGUCCCAAAGUCUCAUCCUCUUAUGUACAGACACUCCGACCCUGCACUCAUGGACGCAGAGAGCGAAAGCAAGUAUAUCUCGCGGUUUCAGCCGCGGGUCAGCAAAUAUGUCGCGGUUUCUCACGACGCCUGCAUAGAGUGCCACAUUGACCUGUUCGGGACGGACGGGAUCGGAAAAGUGGUUGGUGGGAUGAAUGCGCAUACGGCUGACUUUACAGCACUCUGCGCUCCAGAGGCCUUACCCGAGAGAAUCGGGCUUUGCUCUUACUUUAUCGAGUAUGCGUUUGUGCAUGAUGACGUGUCCGUGGACGCGGUUCAAGAUGGCCCUAGCUACCGCCUUUCCCAGGACAAGGAUGGAAUUCUACCAAAGGCAUUAGGGUCAAAAAGGCUUGAAGACCUCCAGAAUAUCGCUGAAGGCGGACUGAAGAGGAAGCAGUCCAGAGCAAAGAUCUGGUCGGUCUUGAACGAAAUCGACCAAGACUACCUUGGUCGCUGCCAGAGGACCUUCAAGCAAUGGUACCAGACUGGCCAACAGAUAAGGGACAAAAUGUUUGCAAGUCUGGAAGACUAUUUGGCUGUUCGGGCCUUGGACUGCGGAGCUAACUGGGUCGUUCGCAUGAUGGGCUGGGCCAGCGGGGUCGAACUCUCAUCGGAAGAAGAGGUGGAAACCGGGCCGGUCACCUAUUUGGCAUUUGUGGUUCUUGGUGUGACCAACGAUCUGUGGUCUUGGGAAAAAGAGAAGAGAGUGACGCGGCAGUCCGGGGAUACUCUUCCUCUUAUCAACGCCGUCCAGAUGGUCAUGCAGAUGCAGGAUACUGCUGAAGAGUCCGCAAAACAGAUCGUCCGUGGCCUUAUCCGCGAGCAUGAGGAGCAAUACUGUCUUCUCCGCGAUGAAUAUCUACGGAGACCCAGUACCUCGCUUUCGGUAAAGAAAUGGUUCCAAGUCCUCGAGUUGUCCAUGGCAGGAAAUGCACUGUGGAGCAUCCAUGCCCUUCGAUAUCACCUUGACGUCAAGAAUCCAUAUAUCUGCCCUCCUGAAGUUCCCUCCGUCUUCAAAAAACUGCAAGUAAUGCGAUCAAAACAAAGCAAAAAGAGGAAGGACGCCCGGUUAGGAGGUGAAGGUGCAACAGAUCCUGCAUACAAGGUUCUUGAAGCAUUGGACGAAACGGUUCUAUGGAAACCGUACGAGUAUAUCACCUCUAUGCCCUCCAAGGGUUUCCGGCAUCACUUGAUCGAUGCUCUGCAGACUUGGUUCAAUGUACCAGAGCACUCGUUGGCGCUGAUUUCUGGCGUAGCAUCCCUGCUCCAUGAAGCCUCCUUGAUGCUGGACGAUAUACAGGACGGCAGCCUUCUUCGGCGUGGGAGGCCAGCCGUCCAUGAAAUAUUUGGUGUCGGCCAGACCAUCAACUCUGCAUGCUUCCACAUCAAUAAUGCCCUGCGCCUUGUCCAACAGCUCUCGCCCUCUGCUGUGCUGAUAUUCUCCGAGCAAAUGGCACAUCUGUAUACAGGCCAAGCCCAUGAUAUCUCCUGGGCCAGCCACAGGAUUAUCCCUACCGAGGAGGACUAUUUCAGGAUGGUCGACGGCAAAACAGGUGGUCUCUUUGUACUUCUCCUGCGCUUGAUGCAGCAGGAAGCCACCCAAAACAGGGACCUCGAUAUGCGACGCUUCAUGAACCAGCUGGGACGGUACUUCCAAAUCCGGGACGACUAUCAGAACCUCGUAUCCCAAGAGUAUACGUCCCAACGCGGCUUCUGUCAGGACCUCGACGAAGGAAAGCCUUCGUUCCCGUUCAUCCGCGCCUGUCAUACUCUGGAGGAUAGCACAGUGCUCACGGAAUGGCUCAACAUGCUACGUAGUGGAGGCGGGGUUUCGAUAGAGGCGAAGCGAUACAUCCUAACUCAGAUAGAAGAAAGCGGGAGUCUAGAGUAUACGCGGGAUGUCCUCAGUGCCCUCCUUGAUGAUCUAGAAGGUAUGCUACGGGACAUGGAAUCCAUGACUGGGCAGGAAAACUGGAUUCUCCGAUCUAUGCUGGUGCAACUGCAGAUCAAACAGACAAAGUCAGUGCGGAAGGAGAGUACGGUUGCUGAAGUGCUGCGCGUUUGGGGCGGAUAUCGUGAGACGGCUUGGAGGUCGAUGAAUUGA